GAGAGGUCAGCGCUGGAAGAAGCACACAGAGCAAGAAGCAUCAAGGACCCAGCAAAGUCAUGGAUUGUCUAUCACAUCUGUUCAGUCCUGCCCAGGUGUUCCUGUGGAUCACCAUGCUGGUUGCGGCCCUCUGCUCUGGAUCAUAUGUGAAAAAUACUUCUUUGCUGAAUCCCCCUCCAAGCCUGUCUGCUGGUAGAGAUGGGAAGAUAUCAUCUGAUAGGCCUCUGGGUCCAGAGACUUCUUGUAACAUUGGGUCAGGCUGCUCUUGGAUAACAUCUGUGGGUGCCCCUAGAAAACCAGACUGGGUACCAUCUUCAGUGGGUGUCUUGGUGCCACAGGAACAGCGACAGCUUCUGGAGGACAGUUCAUCCACUGGAGACAUAGAAGCCGAAGACAUUCUUCUCCUGAAUGCUAACAGGCCCUCGGAUAGAUGUGAGUUCAGUCUACGUAGCCCUGUCCUGCCCAGGAGCUCAGAGUCCUGCAUGCUGGAGCUGGUCAUAUAUUUACCUGGAGCUGCUCCUGUUCCCCAGGGACUCACAGUCAAAGUCCGGCACGUGGAGACAAACCAGGAGAUAGUCAUCCCUCUGAGAGUUGGACAUGAAAAAGAUGGCUGGGUGAAGUGGAAAGUUUUGAUGGCUGAGAUUGGCCAAGUGAAGAGACCUUUUGAGAUUUUCCUGCUGUAUUCAAAUUGUGGAGCACAAGAGGCUGGGCUGUUGGCAUUGCGCUCUUUGCAGCUCAGGAACUGCUUCUAUGACAAUGGAAGCCAAGGUGUUUCCAGGGAUGACAAGAGCCCUGCUUUCCCUUGCCCACAUGGGGACUGCAUAAGCCAUCUGCAAGUCUGUGAUUUUCACAGUGACUGUCCUGCGGAAGAGGAUGAAGGAGCCUUGUGUGGCAGUCUUCCCAAGGGAGCACACUGUUCUUUUGAACAGGAUCCCUGUGGCUGGACAUUGAAAGACCCUACAGCUUCCCCUUGGUCCAUUAUGAGCUUUGUGGACACAAGACAAGAAGCUUCAUUCAUAGGAUCUGCCCUACAAGACACUGUAGGUGACUUCUUAUACCUACGAGCAAACAGCAGUCAGACAGGUGGUGUUGCCAAGGCUUACAGUGCUAGCUUGCCUGCCAGGAUGGCCAGUGGAGAUUACCAGGUCCAAUUCUCAGUGCAUAUUUUUGGCAAUUACAAUGGCACCCUCUCAUUAUCUGUCCAGGAGGAGACAGAUGGAGUCUGUACCUCCCUGUGGGAAAGGACAGGGAGCUGGAGUGACAACUGGUUUCUAAUCACUCUGCAAAUUCCAGUGCUCCAGAACUGGUUUCACCUGCAGCUUCUGGCAACCUGGGGCUGGAAUUCCCAAGCUGACAUUGCUGUUGAUAAUAUUACUUUUGGACUGGACUGCUUCACUGAUGUUAUAACAGGAAGAAGGCAAAGCUAUGUUGAUGGAAAGCACCAAUACCCACAGGAAAUUGGAAUCAUGGAUCAGCAUCUGUUGAACCCUUUGGAAGAGCCAUUUCUCUCAGGGGACAUCUCUAUUGUUUUCUGGUGGUUCACAACUUGUGGUGCCAGUGGUCCUCAAGGGCCAACUCAAGCACAGUGUGAUAGUGCCUACCAGAACACCAAUGUCUCUGUGACUGUGGAAAAAGAGGGUAAACUCCGAGGAGUACAAGUGUGGAAAGUGCCAGCAACAAACCGAUACAUGAUUUCUGCCUAUGGAGCAGCUGGAGGAAAAGGAGCCAAAAACCACAAUAAGAGAUCGCAUGGAGUCUUCAUCUCAGCUACCUUCCAGCUGGAGAAAGAUGAGCUCCUCUACAUCUUAGUGGGGCAGCAGGGCGAAGAUGCCUGCCCAGGGGGAAAUGUUCAGACCCAGAAGAUCUGCCUGGGGGAGUCAUCUCUCAUUGAAGAUGAUUACAAAAAAAAAAAGGACCUGAAGGAGUGGGCUGGAGGAGGGGGUGGAGGUGGAGGAGCCACCUACGUCUUUAGACAGAAGGAUGGGACCUUUGAACCUUUGCUGAUCGCAGCAGGAGGAGGAGGGAAGGCAUACCUGAAGGACCAAGACAACUUGCUGGAUGAUAUACCCCUGGAACAGCUUGAGAACAACACAGCAGUGCCUGGAGUCAAUGGGAAAACAGGGGCAGCGGGAGGAGGGGGUGGCUGGCAGGAUAUCACCCAGGUUCCUCGGGCUGGGAAGUCCCUCCUGGAAGGUGGAGAGGGAGGUCAAGCCUGUCUCCAAGCACUAAAUAAGCUUCAGUGGGCAACCUCAGGUGGUUUUGGUGGAGGAGGAGGAGCUUGUACUUCUGGUGGAGGAGGUGGAGGCUACAGAGGUGGGCAUGUGUCAGAUAGCGAUGAGAUCACUGCUGAUGGGCAGGAUGGUAUUUCUUUUGUCAAUCCAAUUGGGGAGAUCUUCCUGCAACCCCUGGCAGCCAUGGAGAGUCAUGGUGAGGUGGAUAUUCAGAUCUACCUGAAUUGUAGCCACUGCCACUCAGGCAACUGCAAGCGGGACCUUGAGACCAAUCUUCCAAUCUGCAUUUGUGAAAUGGGCUCUGUGCUAGCCAGCGACAACGUCACCUGCACAGUGCCUCAUGGCCCCAUCCCAGAGGGACACCUGCCACUCCCACUCCUCCUGGCUGUGGUUGCUGCAGUUGUGGUACUUGGAAUGGCCCUCACUUGCGGCAGCCUCUCCUUCUUCUAUCACCGUAAGAAGCAGCAGCUGGAAGGAGCUAGAGCACGACUGCAGAGCCCAGAAUACAAACUGAGCAAAAUCCGCACCUCCACCAUCAUGACAGAUUACAACCCCAACUACUGCUUUGCUGGGAAGGCCGCCACGCUGAACGAGCUGAAGGAGAUCCCUCGCAAGAACAUCUCCCUGCUCCGGGCAUUAGGACAUGGAGCAUUUGGUGAGGUUUAUGAGGGGACAGUGGUAGGAAUCGCUGGAGAUCCCAAUCCACUACAGGUGGCCAUCAAGACGUUGCCAGAAGUCUGCUCUGAGCAGGAUGAGAUGGAUUUCCUGAUGGAGGCACUGAUAAUAAGUAAGUUCAAUCAUCAAAACAUAGUGCGGUGCAUUGGUGUGAGCCUGCAGACGUUGCCUCGCUUCAUUCUGCUGGAGCUCAUGGCUGGUGGAGACAUGAAGAGCUUCCUUCGGCAGAAUCGACCACGUGUGAACCAGCCAUCCACUUUGACAAUGCAAGACCUGUUGAACAUUGCCAGAGACAUUGCCUGUGGCUGCAGAUAUCUGGAAGAAAAUCAUUUCAUCCACAGGGACAUAGCUGCAAGGAACUGCCUGCUGACCUGCACAGGGGCAGAUCGAGUUGCCAAAAUUGGUGAUUUUGGAAUGGCCCGGGAUAUCUACAGGGCAAGCUACUAUCGCAAAGGUGGGAGAGCCAUGCUGCCUGUCAAGUGGAUGCCACCAGAGGCUUUCCUAGAAGGGAUCUUCACCUCCAAGACUGAUACAUGGUCUUUUGGUGUGCUUCUGUGGGAGAUCUUUUCAUUGGGCUAUAUGCCAUACCCUUGCAAAACCAAUCAAGAAGUGCUGGAAUUUGUUACUAGUGGAGGAAGAAUGGAUCCACCAAAAAACUGCCCAGGACCAGUCUACCGGAUCAUGACGCAGUGUUGGCAGCACAGCCCAGAGUACCGGCCCAACUUCUCCACUAUUCUGGAAAGAAUCAAGUACUGCACACAGGAUCCUGACGUAAUCAAUACUGAGUUGCCCAUUGAAUGUGGGCCAGCUCCAGAAGAUGAGGGAAGCACAGUGAUACGCCCAAACACUUCCAGUGGGAUGGUUCCCUUGAUGGUGAGCCCUUCCCUGAGCCCUCAAACGGCUCUCAGAAUGUUAGAAGCCCAUCAGGCAGGGCAUAAACUUGGACAGUGUCCGCAGGAACUGGUGGUAGAGAAUUUGGGCAACUGGACUGUCAGAGGACCCAGCCUGCCAUGUCUCUCUGAUUCCAAUAGCAGCGGGUCCUGGUUCCAACAGACUUCAAAUCACAGACUGAAGAACAAAACGAAAAACCUUUGGAACCCAACAUAUGGUUCCUGGAUGUUGGAGAAUAUCUGCCAUUCCAGCCCUAACUCCAAGCUCAAAGUGGCCACAGAACGAGAAGACUCAGGCUUUGAUGGGAAUUGCAGCUCUUCCCCUAGUUCUCGGGAAUCUCCAGCAUCUCCAAGCCGGAGACAUGGUCUUCAUGUGGACGUCAGUGGGAUCGAAUUGGUGAAGCUGCAGACUUUCCCAUGUGGUAAUGUGAAUUACGCAUAUGAUGACUUCUGCUACAACACUGAUCAGGCUUCCUCUUUGGCAACAGACAGGGCACCAGUACUGAGGAGCACCAGUCUGCGAAGGGAUGAGAAGCCUUUUUUUAAGCCAGAAAAAACAUCACGAGAGAGGGACUCUGGCCUCUCCUUAUCAGAUGACCUGAGCGUUACACCUGUAUAACAGGAGAUGCUUUUCCAAAGAUCAGGGAGGGAGUUUACUAUGUCUGCAAAGGCAAACUUGAAAUUCCACUCUGUUUGCCUGUUUUCUCCAUUCAAGUUCUUGCAGAGGUGAUCUUUUAACCACACUAGUAUCCCACUUCCUGCUCCUCCUGGCUGGAUUCCCAAUUCACUGAAGACAAUUGCUUUCCUAUCUCUGUUUCUGUCUCUGUCCGUCAAACGUGUUCCCUCUUCCUGAACCAGUGCCACUGUUUGACUGUAAAUAGAGAUGGCAUUUCCUGCACUGAUUCAGAAUCCAGUGGUUCAUGAAAAGAGUUGCUCUCAAUCUGCUCAGGUGAAAAAAAAAUGGACCUACCAUCCAGUUGUUAGUCAGCCGGAAACGGUAAACAACAUAGCCACUUUUCUGAUCUAACGUACCAAAAAAAAAAAUCCCAUGCUGUGGGGUAGCAUCAGUUGCCUUGCAAAGGCUGCCAUAUUCCCGAGAGUUUUGCACAUUUCUGCUGACUCACUAAUGAGGCGGGUGCACUGACAGAGAAGUAAACAAAAAGGAGCCACAUUUGGACCCAUUUUCUUGGCAGGGAUGUCGGAAAAACAGUAAAAUAAAACCAGUGUUUGCACAGAUCAAAACAAAAGCAGGAGGGAGGGUCAGUUAUUAUGUCCGACUCCUCUGAGAACGUGUUUUUUU